AUGCAGUGCUGCAGCUGCCGCAGCAGCAGCGAGAACUCUGCGGCAGCAGCUGUGCAUCAGCAGCAGCAGCAACUGCAGCAACAAACGCAACACUACCAGACGCAGCAGCAGCAGCAGCAGCAACGGCAACGAAAGCAGCAAAGCAGCAACAACAGCAGCAGCAGCAGAGCAACACCAGCUGCAGCAACAGCAGCAGCAACUGCUGCAGAGCAGCAGCAGCAGCAGCAACAGCAGCAGCAGCAGCAGCCGCAAAAGCAACAGCAGCAGCAGCCGCGGCAACAGCAGUAG